AUGUCGAGUGCGGAGAGGAGCGCUCAAGUAGGAAAAACAGUCAAGGUCAGCAGGAGACGCGUAUUCGCGUAUUCUUCAACUGUUUGCCCAUACGUGUACUGUAGCCCUACAAAUUCACAACCGCGUACUCGGUCGGACGACCCGACGCCGAAGGUCGUCCGCGCGGUUGGCUCUCACCAGAACGAAGGGCGCUCGCCACGCGCCUUCGCAGCCGCCGCCAUGAGCUGGUUCUACCGAAUGAUGCAGCGCGAGCCGGUGGUGAUGUGGAGUUGCUUCAUCGGCGGCGUCGGUGCGCGCUCGCGCUCCCUCCCCGCCGCGCGUCGCGCUCGUGACCCUUCCCUGCGCCCGUUGAUCCCCCGCUCGACCGUCCCCGCGCUGACGAUCCCUCGCCCCCGCUCCUCCCCCUCGCGCGAACAUCACAGGGUUGGCGAUCCCACUGAUCGUGCCGCCGAUUAG